CACUCAUUUAUUAUAUACAAAAAAUACAUAAAUAUAAAAUAUAUAUAUGUGGCUACAAAACCAUUAUAAAUUCAGAUUACAGAGAGGUCUAAACAACGAAAAUUAGAGAUCCAAAACACUUGUUUUUGCCAGUAAGAGUAACAAUAUAUAUAAGAUUAUGGGAGAGGAAGUGAAGCUUUAUGGUGUUAGGGGAAGCCGUUUUAGUAACAGAGUAGAUGUAGUUCUGAAACUCAAAGGUGUUGAACAUAAAUAUUAUGAGGAAGAUUUGAACAACAAGAGUCCUUCACUUCUCAAAUACAACCCAAUUCACAAGAAGGUCCCUACCUUUGUUCACAAUGAGAAACCCUUAGCAGAGUCGCUUGUAAUUCUUGAAUACAUCGAUGAGACAUGGAAGACUAAUCCCAUCUUCCCUCGAGACCCCUACGAAAGAGCUCAAGCUCGUUUUUGGACUCGUUUCAUCGAUGACCAGAUCGGGGCAACUGCAUGGAAAGCGUUCUGGGAGAGCCAGAAGGAAGAGCAAGAAAAGGGUUUUGAAAAAGUUAGUGAGUAUCUAGGGAUACUGGAAAAAGAGCUGAAAGGCAAGUACUUUGGAGGAGAAAACAUUGGGGUGGUGGACAUAGCAGGAAACAUCAUAGCCAAAUGGAUCCCAGCUAUACAAGAAAUUCUGGGAGUAGAGUUAAUUACAAAGGAAAAGUUUCCUAAGCUCUGUAAAUGGAGCCAUGAUUUUUCAACUCAUCUUCUCAUCAAGGAAGUAUCGCCUUCUAAAGAAGAACUCAUUGCUGUCUUCAAGCCUCUUUUGAACAUCACCAAUUGAAAAAGAUUUAGUUUAGUUAUAAUAUGUUGGAUGAUGUUAUUGUGCGUUUUAUAUCUAUCUAUAUUUUUCAAGAAGACUUCGAGAAGUCAUUGCAAGUUUUUUCAUAAUAAAUAAGUCAUGGUUAUCAUGUUAACUCUA